CUUAUCAUCAAAAUGAACAAGACAACUCAAGUAUUUCGAGACGAAACGAUUUUCGCUGAACCAGUGCAGAGACAUUGGCUUACCGAAGAAAAAGUAGAAAGAUCCUUUAAUUAUUCGGAAAACGCAUCUUACAAAACAUUCCUUGAAUAUUUGCGUUAUCUACGAAGUGGAGAGCCGUUGCAUUGGCACUCGUUUCAGCAUUCUGAUUCAACGCAUCCUCUCAGUCGGAAUGAUCGUGAGUCUAAUGAGAAAGUGUUUGGUGAUAGUAUAAUUUCACAUCAACAUCAUGCGGAAGAACCGACCCACGAUACAAAAAUUAUAUUUCAAUCGCAAAAUUACCCUGCAAGCGAUUAUUCAAGUACCAAAUCUCGAUCAAAGAUACUGCGCUAUAACCACACUGCCAUUACAUCUUCGACAACACUUCGAACACGAGAAUCCGAAGCUUCGAUUUCUGUGAAAUAUCUAAAGAAGAGACUACCGUUGUCCGAAUUUCAACUGAUGUGCCAACACCUACCGAGCAAAUCGUUCACAUCUUCACUACCUACGAAAUCAACUUUGUGUGGACAACCAUGUGAUACAAUCUUAACUUUUGGCGGCUUAAAUACGAAAGCUAAGAAUUUAUCUAACGAUGAUGGUCGACACGUUUAUCAGUACAUUCCGUCGAAAAACCGCUGGAACUUUGUAGCAUUCAUGCCAAACUCUAGGCAAUAUCAUUCAGCAGUUAUUUUCCAAGGACGUAUUUAUAUUGCUGGCGGCCUUGUAAUGAGUCAAACGAGAAAAGUAACGACUAAUUCCAUGUUGAGCUUCGAUCCUGUGACGGUGUCGUGGUUCAGAGAAACAGAUCUCCCCGUGAAAAUAAAAAACUUUGGAUUUGUUGCUGCACAUUUACAAAUCUACGCUAUUGGCGGAGAAGAUAACAGUGACACUCCUUCGAAUUUAGUGUUUCGAUAUGAUCCCGUGAACACGUCAUGGACUGAAUUGGAACGAAUGCACGUCAAACGCAGCAGAGCCGCUGUAGCAAUUCACAAAAAUCAUAUUUGGGUUGCUGGUGGAUUGACCGAUGCUGGCUUAACUGACACUGUCGAAUACUUCAAUCCAAUUACCGGAAUAUGGACAGAAGCACAGACAUUGUUAAGAGUACCGCGGUGUUUUGCUCGAUUGAGUUCUGUAAAUGGUGGGCUUUUCAUAGUCGGUGGAAUCAAUGGGGAAGGCUGUUCGUUGGCGUCGAUCGAUAUUCAUGACGAAAUUUGGGAAACGUGGAAGCAAAUUGAAGAAAUGGAAGUGCCGAGAUUUGGACACGAGGUUUGCACCAUAAACACGUGUAUGAUCAUAAUUGGCGGAUGUAACAGUAAAACAGGCGACAAUAUUUCCAUGGUGGAAUGUUAUUGCAAUACUAAAAUGGCUUGGACUGAAGAAGUUCAAAAAUUUCCGUUUCCAGUCACCGGAAUGGCUGGAGUUAUUUUGCCCAGCUGUUAUGUAAUUUCUUUAAAGUCGUAAUAGCAGGAGGUGAUACAGAACUUUAACUUUAAACCUAGCAAAGAGUGAACUUUGAAUUGUAAUUUAUAUUUGAAAAUCCACGUCAUCCACGCCAUCAGGGAAUGGAAUAAA